AUGUCUACAUGUAAAUGCCAUCACUACAACCACAGACCCAGCCACAACGAUGGCUGCCACCACCACCACCACAGCCCCAGCAACUACAACAACGACGGCGGCCACUACCACCACAGCCCCAGAAACUACAACAACGAUGGUUGCCACCACCACCACCACAGCUGCCACCACCACCACCACAGCCCCAGCAACUACAACAACAAUGGCAGCCACAACAACAACGACGGCUGCCACCACCACCACAGCCCCAGCCACAACAACGACGACUGCCACAACAACAACGACAUCAGCCACCACAACCACAUCCCCAGCCAGUACAACAACAACGGCAGCCACUACCACCACACUCCCAGGCACUACAACAACGACAGCUGCCACCACCACCACAGCUGCAACCACCACCACAGCCCCAGCCACUACAACAACGAUGGCUGCCACCACCACCACAGCCCCAGCCACUACAACAACAACGCUGCCACCACCACCACAGCUGCCACCACCACCACAGCGCCAGCCACUACAACAACGAUGGCAGCGACCACCACCACAGCCCCAGCCACUACAACAACGACGGCUGCCACGACCACCACAGCCCCAACAACUACAACAACGACUGCAGCCACGACCACCACAACCCCAACAACUACAACAACGACAGCAGCCACUACCACUACACCUGCCACCUCCACCACAGCCCCAGCCACUACAACAACGGCAGCCACGACCAUGACAGCCCCAACAACUACAACAACGACAGCAGCCACUACCACUACACCUGCCACCACCACCACAGCCCCAGCCACUACAACGACGUCAGCCACCACAACCACAGCCCCAACCACCACAACAACGACGGCUGCCCCGACCACAGCAGCCCCAACAACUACAACAACUACGGCAGCCACGACCACGACAACCCCAACAACUACAACAACGACGGCUGCCACCACCACCACGGCUGCCACCACCACCACAGCCCCAGCCACUACAACGACGGCAGCCACUACCACCACAGCCCCAACAACUACAACAACUACGGCAGCCACGACCACGACAACCCCAACAACUACAACAACGACGGCUGCCACCACCACCACGGCUGCCACCACCACCACAGCCCCAGCCCUUACAACGACGGCAGCCACUACCACCACAGCCCCAACAACUACUACAACGACGGCUGCCACCACCACCACAGCCCCAACAACUACAACAACGACUGCUUCCACCACCACCACAGCUGCCACCACAACACCAACAACUACAACAGCCCCAAUCACAACAAUAACGACGGCAACCACUACCACCACAGCCCCAGCUACUACAACAACGACGGCUGCCACCACCACCAUAGCCCCAGCCACUACAACAACGACUGCUGCCACCACAACCACGGCUGCCACCACAACCACCACAGCAGCCCCAACAACUACAACAACUACGGCAGCCACGACCACGACAACCCCAACAACUACAACAACGACGGCUGCCACCACCACCACGGCUGCCACCACCACCACAGCCCCAGCCACUACAACGACGGCAGCCACUACCACCACAGCCCCAACCACUACAACAACUACGGCAGCCACGACCACGACAACCCCAACAACUACAACAACGACGGCUGCCACCACCACCACGGCUGCCACCACCACCACAGCCCCAGCCCUUACAACGACGGCAGCCACUACCACCACAGCCCCAACAACUACUACAACGACGGCUGCCACCACCACCACAGCCCCAGCCACUACAACUACAACAACGACGGCAGCAACCACCACCACAGCCCCAGCCACUACAACAACGACUGCUUCCACCACCACCACAGCUGCCACCACAACACCAACAACUACAACAGCCCCAAUCACAACAACAACGACGGCAACCACUACCACCACAGCCCCAGCUACUACAACAACGACGGCUGCCACCACCACCACAGCCCCAGCCACUACAACAACGACUGCUGCCACCACCACCACGGCUGCCACCACAACCACAUCCCCAGCCACUACAACAACAACGGCAGCCACUACCACCACAGCCCCAACAACUACAACAACUACGGCAGCCACGACCACGACAACCCCAACAACUACAACAACGACGGCUGCCACCACCACCACGGCUGCCACCACCACCACAGCCCCAGCCACUACAACGACGGCAGCCACUACCACCACAGCCCCAACAACUACAACAACUACGGCAGCCACGACCACGACAACCCCAAUAAUUACAACAACGACGGCAGCCACUAGCACUACACCUGCCACCACAACCACAGCCCCAACAACUACAACAACGACGGCUGCCACCACCACCACAGCGCCAACAACUACAACGACUGCAGCCACCACCACCACAGCCCCAGCCACUACAACAACGACGGCUGCCACCACCACCACAGCCCCAACAACUACAACAACGACGGCAGCAACCACCACCACAGCCCCAGCCACUACAACAACGACUGCUUCCACCACCACCACAGCCCCAGCCACUACAACGACGUCAGCCACCACAACCACAGCCCCAACCACUACAACAACGACGGCUGCCCCGACCACAGCAGCCCCAACAACUACAACAACUACGGCAGCCACGACCACGACAACCCCAACAACUACAACAACGACGGCUGCCACCACCACCACGGCUGCCACCACCACCACAGCCCCAGCCACUACAACGACGGCAGCCACUACCACCACAGCCCCAACAACUACAACAACUACGGCAGCCACGACCACGACAACCCCAACAACUACAACAACGACGGCUGCCACCACCACCACGGCUGCCACCACCACCACAGCCCCAGCCCUUACAACGACGGCAGCCACUACCACCACAGCCCCAACAACUACAACAACGACGGCUGCCACCACCACCACAGCCCCAACAACUACAACAACGACGGCAGCAACCACCACCACAGCCCCAGCCACUACAACAACGACUGCUUCCACCACCACCACAGCUGCCACCACAACACCAACAACUACAACAGCCCCAAUCACAACAACAACGACGGCAACCACUACCACCACAGCCCCAGCUACUACAACAACGACGGCUGCCACCACCACCACAACCCCAGCCACUACAACAACGACUGCUGCCACCACCACCACGGCUGCCACCACAACCACAUCCCCAGCCACUACAACAACAACGGCAGCCACUACCACCACAGCCCCAACAACUACAACAACUACGGCAGCCACGACCACGACAACCCCAACAACUACAACAACGACGGCUGCCACCACCACCACGGCUGCCACCACCACCACAGCCCCAGCCACUACAACGACGGCAGCCACUACCACCACAGCCCCAACAACUACAACAACUACGGCAGCCACGACCACGACAACCCCAAUAAUUACAACAACGACGGCAGCCACUACCCCAGCCACUACAACAACGACGGCUGCCACCACCACCACAGCCCCAACAACUACAACAACGACGGCAGCAACCACCACCACAGCCCCAGCCACUACAACAACGACUGCUUCCACCACCACUACAGCUGCCACCACAACACCAACAACUACAACAGCCCCAAUCACAACAACAACGACGGCAACCACUACCACCACAGCCCCAGCUACUACAACAACGACGGCUGCCACCACCACCACAGCCCCAGCCACUACAACAACGACUGCUGCCACCACCACCACGGCUGCCACCACAACCACAUCCCCAGCCACUACAACAACAACGGCAGUCCCUACCACCACAGCAGCCCCAGCCACUACAACAACGACGGCUGCCACAACCACAGCAGCCACCACCACCACAGCCCCAACAACUACAACAACGACGGCAGCAACCACCACCACAGCCCCAGCCACUACAACAACGACGGCUUCCACCACCAGCACAGCUGCCACCACAACUACAACAGCCCCAACCACAACAACAACGACGGCAGCCACUACCACCACAGCAGCCCCAGCCACAGCCCCAGCUACUACAACAACGACGGCUGCCACCACCACCACAGCCCCAACAACUACAACAACGACUGCUGCCACCACCACCACGGCUGCCACCACCACCACAGCCCCAGCCACUACAACAACGACGGCAGCCACGACCACGACAACCCCAGCCACUUCAACAACGACUGCAGCCACGACCACCACAACCCUAACAACUACAACAACGACGGCAGCCACUACCACUACACCUGCCACCACCACCACAGCCCCAGCCACCACUACAACAACGACGCCUGCCACCACCAACACGGUUGCCACCACCACCACAGCUCCAGCCACUACAACAACGACGGCUGCCACCACCACCACGGUUGCCACCACCACCACAGCCCCAGCCACUACAACAACGACGGCUGCAACCACAACCACAGCCCCUACAACUACAACAACGACGGCUGCCACCAGCACGACAGCCCCAACAACUACAACAACGACGGCAGCCACUACCACCACAGCCCCAACAACUUCAACAACGACAGCAGCCACUACCACUACACCUGCCACCUCCACCACAGCCCCAGCCACUACAACGACGGCAGCCACUACCACCACAGCCCCAACAACUACAACAACGACGGCAGCCACUACCACCACAGCAUCCCCAGCCACAGCCCCAACUACUACAACAACGACGGCUGCCACCACCACCACAGCUGCCACCACCACCACAGCCCCGGCCUCUACAACAACGACGGCUGCCACCACCACCACAGCCCCAGCAACUACAACAACGACUGCUGCCACCACCACCACAGCCCCAGCCACUACAACAACGACGGCUGCAACCACAACCACAGCCCCUACAACUACAACAACGACGGCAGCCACGACCACGACAGCCCCAGCAACUACAACAACGACCGCUGCCACCACCACCACAGCCCCAACCACUACAACAACAACGGCAGCCACCACCACCACAGCCCCAGCCACUACAACAACGACGGCUGCAACCACAACCACAGCCCCUACAACUACAACAACGACGGCUGCCACGACCACGACAGCCCCAACAACUACAACAACGACGGCAGCCACUACCACCACUGCCCCAACAACUUCAACAACUACGGCAGCCACGACCACGACAACCCCAAUAACUACAACAACGACGGCAGCCACUAGUACUACACCUGCCACCACAACCACAGCCCCAACCAUUACAACAACGACGGCUGCCCCGACCACAGCAGCCACUACCACCACAGCCCCAGCCACUACAACAACGACGGCUGCCACCACCACCACAGCCCCAACAACUACAACAACGAUGGCAGCAACCACCACCACAGCCCCAGCCACUACAACAACGACGGCUUCCACCACCAGCACAGCUGCCACCACAACCCCAACAACUACAACAGCCCCAAUCACAACAACAACGACGGCAACCACUACCACCACAGCCCCAGCCACAACAACAACAACUGCAGCCACGACCACCGCAACCCCAACAACUACAACAACGACAGCAGCCACUACCAUUACACCUGCCACCACCACCACAGCCCCAGCCACUACAACGACGUCAGCCACUACCACCACAACCCCAACAACUACAACAACUACAGCAGCCACGACCACGACAACCCCAACAACUACUACAACGACGACUGCCACCACCACCACAACUACAACAACGACUGCUGCCACCACCACCACUGCUGCCACCACCACCACAACCCCAACCACUACAACAACGACGGCAGCCACCACCACCACAGCCCCAGCCACUACAACAACGACGGCUGCAACCACAACCACAGCCCCUACAACUACAACAACAACGGCAGCCACGACCACGACAGCCCCAACAACUACAACAACGACAGCAGCCACCACCACCACUGCUGCCACCACCACCACAACCCCAACCACUACAACAACGACCACUACACCUGCCACCACAACCACAGCCCCAACAACUACAACAACGACGGCUGCCACCACCACCACAGCCCCAACAACUACAACAACGACGGCAGCCACCACCACCACAGCUGCCACCACAACACCAACAACUACAACAGCCCCAAUCACAACAACAACGACGGCAACCACUACCACCACAGCCCCAGCUACUACAACAACGACGGCUGCCACCACCACCACAGCCCCAGCCACUACAACAACGACUGCUGCCACCACCACCACAGCAGCCCCAGCCACUACAACAACGACGGCUGCCACAACCACAGCAGCCACCACCACCACAGCCCCAACAACUACAACAACGACGGCAGCAACCACCACCACAGCCCCAGCCACUACAACAACGACGGCUUCCACCACCACUACUACAACAACGACGGCUGCCACCACCACCACAGCCCCAGCCACUACAACAACGACUGCUGCCACCACCACCACGGCUGCCACCACCACCACAGCCCCAGCCACUACAACAACGACGACAGCCACGACCACGACAACCCCAGCCACUACAACAACGACUGCAGCCACGACCACCACAACCCCAACAACUACAACAACGACGGCAGCCACUUCCACUACUCCUGCCACCACCACCACAGCCCCAACCACUACAACGACGGCAGCCACUACCACUACACCUGCCACCACCACCACAGCCCCAGCCACAACAACAACGACGGCUGCCACCACCACAGCAGUCACCACCACCACAGCCCCAGCCACUACAGCAACGACGGCAGCAACCACAACCACAGCCCCAGUCACAACAACAACGACGGCAGCCACCACCACCACAACCCCAACAACUACAACAACGACUGCUUCCACCACCACCACAGCUGCCACCACCACCACAGCCCCAACCACAACAACAACGACGGCUGCCACCACCACAGCAGUCACCACCACCACACCCCCAGCCACUACAGCAACGACAGCAGCCACCACCACCACAGCCCCAGCCACAACAACAACAACGGCAGCCACGACCACCACAACCCCAACAACCACAACAACGACAGCAGCCACUACCACUACACCUGCCACCACCACCACAGCCCCAGCCACUACAACGACGGCAGCCACUACCACCACAGCCCCAACAACUACAACAACGACGGCUGCCACCACCACAGCAGUCACCACCACCACAGCCCCAGCCACUACAGCAACGACGGCAGCCACCACAACCACAGCCCCAGUCACAACAACAACGACGGCAGCCACCACCACCACAACCCCAACAACUACAACAACGACUGCUUCCACCACCACCACAGCUGCCACCACCACCACAGCCCCAACCACAACAACAACGACGGCUGCCACCACCACAGCAGUCACCACCACCACACCCCCAGCCACUACAGCAACGACAGCAGCCACCACCACCACAGCCCCAGCCACAACAACAACAACGGCAGCCACGACCACCACAACCCCAACAACCACAACAACGACAGCAGCCACUACCACUACACCUGCCACCACCACCACAGCCCCAGCCACUACAACGACGGCAGCCACUACCACCACAGCCCCAAAAACUACAACAACUACGGCAGCCACGACCACGACAACAACGACGGCUGCCACCACCACAGCAGUCACCACCACCACAGCCCCAGCCACUACAGCAACGACGGCAGCCACCACCACCACAGCCCCAGCCACAACAACAACAACGGCAGCCACGACCACCACAGCUGCCAGCACCACCACAGCCCCAGUCACUACAUCAACUACGGCUUCCACCACCACCUCGGCCCCUGCCACUACCUCAAUUACAGUUGCCACCACCACCUUAGCCCUGACCUCCACGUCAGCGACGUCCUCCACCACCCCCAUAUUUGUUGUUUUCCGAUCCAUUCAAAGCAAUUUUACAACAGACUUGUUGAAUUCAUCAUCUGAAGCUUUCAAAACACGAGCUGCAUCUAUAAAGGCACAGAUUGAACCUCCUUACAGAUUGGCGUUCCCUUCUUCUUUUGUCUCCUUGAAUGUUGUGAGCUUCAGGCAGGGAUCAGUCAUCAACACGAUAGAACUUCAGUUUGUAAACACAUCUGUACCAAACAACACUGAGAUUGGAAAUGUUUUGAACAGUACAGCCUCAAACGUUACAGGCUUUGACAUUGAAAGGGCCUCCAUCGCUGUCAAUGACACAGAAAAAGACUAA